CACAGCCUCUGACUGUAUGCAUGGGACAUACAUAUACACAUACGUACAUACCCCUGUUGUAAAACUGUUGCGCUUGCUGAACGCAACUGAACGCAACAUUUCUGACUUUAUACAAGUAUCAAAAGAUAUUCAAUGUAUAGCAAUUUGCAAUUUACACGUGAUCUGUUCAAUACUUGAAUUAUUCGAUAUUUUUGUAAAUUUUGACGAACUUAAGCACCAUUUUGUCUUAUGUAAAAACAAUCAUUAAAGAUGUCUGGAAAUAAGUGUCGUAAUUGUGGAUCUACUAAUAUUGAGACUGAUCCAGGACGUGGAGACGCAAUCUGUAUAGAAUGUGGUUUAGUACUGGAGGAUUCUGUUAUUAUUAGCCAAACAACUUUUGAGGAAUCGUCCUCUGGUAAAGUGAUGGUACUUGGACACUUUGUUGCUAAUGAUAGUACUGGUGGCGCUACAAAUUUUGGUGCAUCGUAUUACGUUAAUGGAAAAGAAUCUAGAGGAAUUACUAUACAGAAUGCACGGAAAGGUAUAACGCAUCUCUGCCUACAAUUAGGUUUGAAUCAAAAUUGCAUUGAUACAUCUGUGAAUUUCUAUAAAAUGGCUCUGAGUCAACAUCUGACGCGUGGAAGAAAACAAGCUCACAACCAGGCUGCCUGUGUAUACAUUACUUGUCGUAUUGAAAGAACUGAACAUAUGCUCAUCGAUAUCAGUGACGUUCUUCAUAUAUGCGUUCACGAACUUGGACGGACAUAUCUACGAUUUACUCAAGCUUUAUGCAUCAACAUUCCAGCAGUGGAUCCUUGCUUAUACAUCUUGAGAUUUGCGCAUAAGCUUGAGUUUGGUGAUAAAACUCAUGCUGUAUCUAUGACAGCUUUAAGAGUGGUUCAACGAAUGAAAAGGGAUAGUAUUCACAGCGGUCGUAGGCCAUCCGGUCUGUGUGGUGCAG